AUCCUCUGCUGCUCUGCCUCUCGGUCUGUUCCUUUAAAAGCAGGCAGCCCACGCCUCGAAAAGCGGCUUGUUCCGGCUUGCCCCUUUACAUCUUUUUAUCCUUGCCCACAACAAUCAAAUAGUGCCUCUCAUCCAUUCUUCUACUAUUACGCGCAAGCAUUUUUUUGUCGUACAGUGUCGGGGUUAACUAAAGCUGGUUUCGGGGGAAGUAUGGCGAAUGCGUCGCGGUGCAGCAGCUCUCCAGCCCGUGCAGCCCGGUGGUGAGGCUGAGGCGCAGUUCGGGCUCCAUCACUGGCGGAGCGAUACCACCAUCUCCUCUCAGCGCUGGUUUGUCAAACGGAGAGUGUGUGGCUCACUGUACCUGGGCGAACGUGUCUGUCAUAUGCUAGAAAGAGGAGCAGAGGAUCAAAACCGGAUCAAGGGACCUGUAUCUAAUGCUUUGAAAUGCUGUGCUGGAGUGCCCCCGCGUUAAGAGUGACCUCCCUGGGCAGACAGCUGCGGUUGUUUUGCAUCUGAUGAAGAUUUCUGAUAUUUAUUUUGAUGCGCCUCUGUGGAUGAAUAUGUUUAUUCUGGAGCUGUGGUGUAGCGCGUGAGCCAUCACCGGCUCUGGCAAGCAGGAGCUGUUGUCAGGGCUCGUUGUCAUGCAUUCCCCCUGAGUUUGGCGGCGCCUCCCUCAGCAGUGCGGCAGAAGGAUGCCGGUGCAGGCGGCCCAGUGGACAGAGUUCUUGUCCUGUCCCAUCUGCUACAAUGAGUUCGACAGCAGCGGCCACCAGCCCAUCAGCCUGGGCUGCUCCCACACGGUGUGUAAGACCUGCCUACAUAAACUGCACCGCAAGGCCUGCCCCUUUGAUCAGACACCAAUCAGCACCGAUAUUGACCUGCUGCCGGUCAACUGUGCCCUGCUGCAGCUGGUCGGAGCUCAGAUCCCCGAUGUGCAGCCGGUGAGCCUGAGCAGUGCAGCUGAAGUUGAGAACUAUGAAGCAUGCAGGGUGUGUGUGGAAGAGCUGGCUCUCUACCUAAAACCAAUCAGUGGAGCAAAAGGUGUGGCGACACUGAGUCCCAGCGUGCUCAGUCGGCCGAUGCAGAGGAAGCUUGUGACUCUGGUGAACUGCCAGCUGGUGGAGGAGGAGGGCCGUGUGCGGGCAGUGCGGGCAGGUCGGUCUCUGGGUGAAAGAACUGUAACUGAGCUCAUCCUGCAGCACCAAAACCCCCAGCAGCUCUCUGCCAACCUCUGGGCAGCGGUGAGGGCAAGAGGCUGCCAGUUCCUGGGACCUGCUAUGCAAGAAGAUGCACUGAAGCUUGUUCUCCUGGCCCUGGAGGACGGCUCAGCUUUGUCCAGGAAAGUGUUGGUUUUGUUCGUGGUCCAGAAGCUCGAGGCUCGCUUCCCCCAGGCCUCGAAAACCAGCAUAGGGCAUGUGGUGCAGCUGCUCUACAGGGCCUCCUGCUUCAAGGUGACUAAACGUGAUGAAGACUCCUCGCUCAUGCAGCUGAAGGAAGAAUUUCGGACAUACGAGGCUUUGAGGAGAGAACACGAUGCUCAGAUUGUCCACAUCGCCAUGGAGGCAGGCCUAAGAAUUUCACCUGAGCAGUGGUCCUCUCUGCUGUACGGAGACCUGGUUCACAAAUCACAUAUGCAGUCAAUCAUUGACAAGUUGCAGUCUCCAGAGUCGUUUGCAAAGAGCGUUCAGGAGCUGACAAUCGUUCUGCAGAGGACAGGAGACCCUGCCAAUCUCACCAGCCUUAGACCCCACCUGGAGCUACUGGCCAACAUAGACCACAAUCCAGAUGCCCCCGCACCAUCAUGGGAGGAGCUGGAAAGUGUGAUGCUUGCUGUGAAGUUAGUGGUUCACGGACUGGUGGAGUUCAUACAGAAUUUCAGCAAGAAGAGCCACGAGACACCACAGCCUCAGGCCAACAGCAAGUACAAGACCAGCAUGUGCCGAGAUCUCCGUCAGCAGGGAGGCUGUCCCAGAGGAACCAACUGUACAUUUGCUCACACGCAGGAUGAGCUGGAGAAAUUCAGACUAAGGAACAAAAAGAGCAGCAGCACAGGCCGUGCGUUCCCGUUAGCACCAGGGGUUAUGGGUAAAACCUUCACCAUGGAGGGCAGCCCACUCACUGAUGUGUCUGCAGGAGUGGUGCAGGGGCUCAAAGGCACGGGGGAGAUCACAGCCGCCCUGACAGAGGGAUCGCCCGGCCUGACUCACCCACAACUGAUCUCCAGAGGCGCAGACAUGAUGGAGGACAUGAAGAGAGGGGUGCCUAAUGGAUCCAGUGGAGCUAACGGGUCCAACGGGCUUCAAGGCUCCAUCAGAAACACGUCUGGGUCAAACGAACAGAAGUCCAUCUCUCCUACCAGAACUCCAGUCAGCCACUCCUCAGCCUCGUCUCCCUUGGCAACAGUUGGACGGGGUGACAGUGGUGCUCCUAUGCCCAAACAUGGUCCUUUCCUGCUGCGUGCACCUCAUCCCUCUCAGGCGUCAGAGCUUUACUAUCAGGAUCCCCGCUCUGCAUACGACACAGCUCAUUAUCAACCAACCUCAUGUUCCUACUACCCAUCUUCUCUCCAUCCUCCUCACAAACCCUGCAUGGCGCGCUUCCUUCGAUCUUCCAACGUUCCAGAAUCCUCCUUGCCGCCCUCCAUUGGCCCUUCACCGUCUAACUACCCCAGCGACCCUCAGACACAGCACCCACCUGUCUCCUCAUCUUCAGGGUACCCACCACACCCGCCACGAGAUCGUAUGGUGCCUCCGGCCUUCCAUCCUCAUCCGGGGCAGCCUCCGUACGGGCCUCUGGCUCCUGCUCACGGUGUCUACGCUCCUCUGUAUGACAGCAGGAGAGUAUGGAGGCCUCAGCUGUACCAUAGAGAGGAUGCCAGGAGUAACUCUCUGCCUCCAGAAGUGCUGCACUCCUCCGUCUACCAGCCUCCACUCAGGGAGAGAUUCAACUCUCUAGACAGCAACUACUGCUCUGGAGCUGAACAUCGUGCAGGACUACACAGGGAUUAUGGCCGUGUUCCUCUGGGCUACGAGGAUCUGUUCAGAAGGAAGCAGGAACAGUGGGCUCAUCAUCACCACCAUCACAACACCAACAGACCCUCCCAGUCCUCCCCCAUCUUCACCAUUGAUUUUGGAACUGAGCAUGUGGAGAGCAGUGGAGGUCAGUGUGUGGGGUGCCGGUUCAGAGGCGAGGAAAGCCUAGCUCACUACUCUCCGUGGUCCUGUGGUACCAUCGGCCCCUGCCUCAGUCCCUUUGAGUCGGAAACGCUCACACACACCUCGGCUCACUCCUGCUCAGAGCACUCUGAUUUGGACAGUAAUGGAGGAGGAGGUGUCGGCGUUAGCAGUGUCGGGAAGCGCUGGCUGCAUUCUUUAGAUCACUACCGACGCUUGAAAGACGAGGACCCCAUCAUUCCCUUCAGUGAGGGACCUAUGAUCUCAAAGUGGGGGGCCAUCUCCAGAGCAGCUCGCACAGGCUACCACACCACAGACCCUGUCCAAGCUACAGCCUGCCAGGGCAGUGCCAACACCACGCCCAUCAACUUUAAAGAUUACAACCCGCACUUGGAUCACAGCGACUACAGGUGGAGCUCAAGAGGCUCAGACUCUUCCAGCCACUCCAGUUACCUUGAGAGUGAGCUUCACGGCCGUCGCACAUCAAUAAGCAGUGGAGAGAAAAUUGUGUCCGAUCUGCAAGCCCCUCAGACCACCUACAGCCAUGACCGAGACCGGGCUGAGAGUGAAUCUGACCCUGGUCGAGACAUUGAGCUGGAACUGUGCGCUCUUGACAUGGAGGAUUCAGACCACCAGGAGAUCAAGUCUCAGGAUUCUUUAGACCUGACCACCAAGCAGUCUCAGGAUGCUUCCAACCUCCUCUCACCUUCCUGCUCCUCUCCCCUCCUCUCUUCUCCCGUAAAGGAGCAAUCAGAGGGUCCUUCCACAGAAAAGAUGGACCCUCAUCUACUGAAAAAAAUGGCCUUCAGGAAGUCUCUGUCUCCCGGAGGGCUGGUCUCCGGAGGUCUGGGCGUCGGCAAGCUGCUGAUGCGUACUGGACCUCCUCGUUUGGGGGACACCACUUCCACAAGGGGUUGCCCUGAAACACCAGUGACAGAAAUGCUGCUCAAUGGGAGCUAAGAGGACUCAGAUUUAGAUACCAAGCUGCACCGAGCUAUAGCUGAGUUGCUUUCCCAAAGCUGGAUCCUGGUUUGAGGGAAAACAGCUUAAUUCCAGCCUUUAUACAUGUCAAUCAUAUGCCUAAAAGAAAUUUAACAGAUAUGGAUCAACAGCAGCUGCACCACGUGGUAAAGAGGAAAAGAAAAUGUAUUUUACUGCCUUCAAAUUGGAGAUUUUAAAGAAUACACAGCUCCGCAGAGAAUCCAUCAAUGACACUGUUACUGUAUGCUAAGACAUACGACCAAUCUGCCCUUAGAACAGACACUGAACAUGUUUAGUUUCAACCCCUGAUCAAAAUUAAAAUCUCUCUCACAUUUUAAAAGAACUUUUCCCAGAGGUUUACUCACCAUCUAUUUUUUUUUAUCAUUCAACACGGCUGACACAAAAGAAUCAGGCUAAAAGGCCUUUUUUGAUGUCAAUGUACAUUAUCUAUCUGACAGAGAAAGUCUAAAGUGAAGCAGAAGAUGAAUUUUUGAAUUUUGUUCUGCCAAGGAGCCUUUAAAGUUUGCUUUAGGAAAUUGUGUAUUCCGUGUUAAUUUUAUCUUCCCUUAUUCUAUCUGCUUCCCGUAUUUAGCUUUGAUUGACAGCAAGGAAUCCCAACAUUUCCCAUUAGAUCCUGUCUUUACCCAGCACCAAGGUUCUUACCUAAAAACUACUAAUAAGUAAGUUUGCUACAGAAUAUUAUUAUUAUCAUUAUUUCUUUUUUUUAACCAUCAUUUAAUAUAUGAUUGCUAUAAUUGUGCACCUUUAAACAUGUGUUGCUUUAAAGUAGGGCUGUAAAACUAGUACAUUUUAAAUCACAAGUGUUCACUUCUUUUCAAUAGUUAAUUGUGGUUUAUAUCAUUUUUAUUCCCAUUUUUAUUUCAAAACAGUUUGAAGUGCCAUUCAAAAGCGCAUUGGUGUUGUUAUUUUCCAUUUUGGCUGCAGCAGGAAGCAGGAAGACACUGCAGCAGCUUAGCUACGGUGUGCCAAAAGGGACAAAAUAACAUAUGACAAAAAAAAAAUACUGUGUUAAUUUCAGAACGCAGUCGCAUUGCUCCGUGUAAACACUCCCUAACAGCCCUAAUUUAAAGCCACAAGCUAUUCAGAGCUACAUGAAACAAGAAAAUUCCUACAAGUUAGAAUUUUUUUUUGCAAUAUUAUGAAAAUCUGCAACUUCUUUUUCUUUUUUUACGUCUUUCAUGUUAAUGUAUAAGUGUUUAUAAACAAGCUUAAAUAACAAUUCCAUCACACAGCUAGAUACAACUGGUUUACUUCAUCCACUGUUUUAUUGGUGCAUUGCAAAUGUUAAAGAUAGUCCCUUGAAAAUUCACAAAAUAGACAUCCAAAUAUUUAAAAACCUCUGGUUUUGAACUCGUCCCCUACAGAACCCAAAAACAGAUACUAGACGUCACAAGCUGCACUUUGAUAUUUUAAAAGCUCUUCUUUUAUGGUCUAAUUCUUCUUUUAAAUGUUGACCUUUGGUUUCUGUAGACUGUCAUGUGAUCAUAAAAACACAGUGACACAGUUGUAUCUUUGUAGAUGAUCACAGAUAGAAAUGAACAGUGUAGGUCUGGAGGGAUAACACAAAAAUACUCUGUUCAUAGUCUGCUGCCUUUAAGAUUUUUAGUAGGCUCAUGCUGCUUCACUAAAGACCACAAAGAAAUUCUCUUUUUUUAAGAAAUGUGCAUUUUUAGUUUGAGAUUCAGCCUUUUGACAGAAAAAAAACACCCACAAUCACUCUUAACAAGUAUUGUUUCAUCUUUGUGUGCCUGUAGUCUUUAUGGCAUUUAAUCCCACUGACUGUGAGUGAGAACAUCAGUCUGCACUCUCACAAACCCAAACACAAGAACACAGAGUGCACAUGUACACAGGGUGUCACUCACACACAGUAGACACAAACUUUCAAUGGUGGCCUUUCUUCUCUAUCAUGACCUUUGACCACAAACAGACUCCCCAGACUCGAAAGGUGUUAGCUUUUGCUGGAAAUGAUAUUUUUCUAGCCCACAGUGUUCUGUGCCCUCCAGUCUUGUUAACAGUAUUCAGAUAAUAUUUCAAGCUUAAACCUACAAAAUUCACUUCUUGUGUUUUUCCUGCUUUUUUUCUUAAGUCUUGUUUUGUUUUAUGAAUUGCUAACUUCUGUGAAGUUGUGUGUCAGGGUAUUUUGUAUCAGGAUUGUUGUUACUCUUGUUUUCUGUGCUAUGUUUUACAUUACAGAGACAGUACAUGUCAAGUCGUCUGAAUGCUGUCUGGUUUACUCUCAUUUGUGCAGUGUGGCUGAUUUUCAUUCACUUACUGCUUUUUUUUUUUAGAUAAUUGAAUUUGUCAUGUGUGGCUUAGUCUUUAAACAUAAAUAAAUAGCAUGAAAAUGUAAAUCCAGUUUUGAGACACUGGUUUUAAAAUCGUAUAAGAUUUGGGUUGUAUUGAGGAAAGAGGGCAGAUAAUCUUUGAAUCUUUCAAUCUUCCUCUUUAAUUUCCUCUGAACUAAGCUACGGUACAUGUUCAGCAGCAAUCUUAGAUUAUAAAUAAAAUGCAGUUUAACACGGCUUGUGUUAGGUUUAAGGUUUCAGGUUAAAUGUAAAAUGGAAAGAAGAUAGAAAAAGUGGAACAGGAACAUUUUGGGGGUAUUUAUCUUAUCUUCCACCCUACAAAUGCUGGGAGAAGCAUUAAAGAGUGACUUGAAGUUGUAAAAGUCUUUUGAAAAAUAUUUCGCAGGGUUUAUUUCAGAUAAAAGCUACUGUGGGGAUUUUGCUGCUCAGCUGCCCAUCUGUUUACAACUUCACCUUUGAAGUCAUGUAAGUGCCAUGUUGUGUACAGUACAGUACAAUCAGCCCUGCUAUUUUCCUAUCGCUUUUUUCAUAUUCCUCAAGUAUAAACUACCAGAGGAGAGAAAAAGGCUCUGUCAAAGAUCAAGAGCAAGAUACUUCUCUUGUAGUUCUGCUUUGGUCCAUUAGAGGGGACUAAGUCCUUGUUUGUCUGAAUCGCUCAGGGAAGACUUCAGUUGCUCAGCUACUUUGGCUUUUUCUAUUUUCAUCACUUAAAUAUUUUGUGGAGAUAUUUGCCUGAGUUUUACAUUUGCUGAUAACUGGCUCUUUCAUCCAAAGCAUAAAUGGUUUACCGCAGAUUAUAUUGUUUGCCAGUGUUUACUUUGCCUGUGUUUUCUUUUGCCUCUCCGUAUAAAUAUUGGCUUUGCUAUUCCUGUUCUCAUGGGAAAGGGCUGGGCACUACUGUAUGUGAAAACAGUAUUGUGAGUAUUGAGCUAACGUGACGGUGAUACUCCUUGUUUCCUUUUAAGUGUCUAUGGAGCACUGCUGUAGUGGAUUACUUCACUGCACUAAUUCCCAUCCCAUCACUGCCAGCGGGUGCACUCUGCACCCUUGAACCCUCUCCUUCACCCUUUUUCUUCCUGCAUCCUGCAUGCGAUAUAGUCCCUCUUGUGAUGGCGGAGGAGUAUUGAUGAUUCUGUAGUUGUGAUACAACACUCCGUGCGCUGUAAGAGUUCUGCACAUGCCCACUGUGUGGCCACGUCAAGUGCUGAAGUUUGCUUGCAGCAUUUUACUCGUUUGCUCUUGAAAUUGAAUUAUUGUUUGAUAGAGGUUAUAUUAAAAUUAUGACUAUUAUUGUUAUUACCACAUUUAUUGGUUGUUGUGGUAUUUUUUCAUUCUAAGUAUUUUCUGAGUCUGCUUCUUUGUUUUGAAUUUGAGAAUUUGCAGACAUUUUUUUAUCGGACAAGAGAGUGUCUCAUUAUUCUAUAUUGUAUGGAAAAAGCCUGUUUGUUGAUUGUGAAACAUGAUGAACUGAUGUUUUCUGACUAUUCAUGUCUGUAUUAGACAUUUUAUUUGCAAAUCUAUUGUUCGAUUGAAUUGUAAAUGAACUAUUAAGAGAUGGUACACAUCCGUCAUUGUAUACAGUCUGGCACCAUCAUUAGAUGGACUUAUAGUAUAGACGCUCAUUUAUACAACCUGUGAUAAUCAGAUAUAUUUAAAUGUUUAAAUCAUUGGGACAUUUGUGUAAUGUUUCAGAAUGAGGAAAAUAAACUCCUUAAAGAGACAGCAUAUCUAAAAGGUCCCCGUAAUGAAUAAUACUGUUACGUAUUCCAUUUAUUUCCUUGGAAAUAUCGCAUUGUGAAAGGUUUCCCUUUUUACUUACUGUAAGGGUAAUGCAGGACUGGAGUGAAUUUAAUCUAUGGUGAUGAUGAUAAUGUGCUUUAAAUAACUGAUAAAAAACUGUUUGAGUUGCAUUUGACUGAUUCUUGUGCGUUUUUAUCUGUAUCACACUGACUUACAGACAGCUUGGCCGAGCAACAACCUGCUUCUGUUGCACUGAGAGAUGGAAAUGUGAAAAGUACGAUUUCAGCACAUGAAAAUGCAUGCUACAAUAAAAAAACAAUGGAUGAUG